GAGCAUAUUAUGGUGCUGUAUUACCUUUUACAUCUCUCUACUUACUCUCUCUGUUCUUAGGUUUCCCGAUCAUUCCUGCCGCCACGUACGCUGUGGCUCGCGGUUUCUUCUUCAACGACAAGUGUUGGAUCAGCUCACACACACACCUGCUCUAUAUCAUCCAUGGGCCCAUUCAGGCUGCACUACUAGUCAACUUUUUCUUUCUCCUGAACAUUGUACGUGUUUUAAUCACCAAGUUGAAGGAGACCCACUGUGCUGAGUCCACAGCCUACAUGAAGGCCGUGAGAGCCACGCUCAUCCUCAUCCCUCUGCUGGGAGUCCAGUACAUCCUGUUACCAUGGAGACCCGAGGGACGCAUCAGCCGAGCCAUCUAUGACUUCUUUGUCAAUAUAUUCUGCCACUUCCAGGGAUUCCUGGUGGCAAUUAUAUUCUGUUUCUGCAAUACUGAG